UGCCAACGCGUUCAAAAAGUAUACGUCUACGAGGUCGAAUGAUAUUGUUUGAAGGACACCGGUAGUGUCGCUAGACUUAUAAGGUGGCACCGAGCGAGAGAGGCGAUAUCUCGUGUCACCAACCUCUUCUGUUGUGAACCUUGAGUCACUCCCACCACGCCUAACCCCUGGAGGACGUGGCAUAGAUUCUGUGACCAAGGACGAACACGUGGGAACCGGCGAGGCCACAGCCACAGUCACUACCAUGUCUCCCUGCCGUGACGAGUGCUCCCCCCGACUCCGCUACCAUGACCGCUCCGUCUUCUCCCGAUCUCCGUGGUGUAGCGGCCAAGUUGCCUUCGUUCUGUACCGGAUCCUUAUGGCCCUUGUGGCGGUCACCAUACUGAUGUAUCUCCUGUGUCACUUCUACAUAACCGACGGCUGGACCAAAUGGCCGGUCUACCUCAACAACUGGUGCUUUUCCGUCCUCACCUUACACACGGUCGUGGCCAUGGCCGUGUCUGCAGCGGUGUACUGCAGGUCAGACUAUACCGAGUUCUCGGCUGAAGCAACAAGAGACGAAAACGUGGCGCCGAACAGUCUAAAUUGGUACCACAAGGUACACUGGGUCUUACACAGCACCUCCAUAACCAUGGCCUUUCUCGUCACGACACUGUAUUGGGCAUUCGACAAGAGAGAGUUGGUAGCUACCAGUAUUAACGAACACAUACUGAACUCAGUCUUAGCUCUGUUAGACCUAUUUGUGAGCGGAACGCCCGUUAGAGUCUUCCACAUGGUGUACCCGGUAGCCUUUGCGAUGGCGUAUUCCGCGUUCUACGUGAUCUACUGGGCCGCAGGGGGGACGGGAAAGAGCGGAGAAAUUGUUCUGUACAAGCUCUGGGAUUUUGAAGGCAACCUUAAGAUGGCUGUAGUGUACAUGGUGCUGAUGGUGUUCGUGGCGACGCCAUUUUUCCAUCUCCUGACGUACGGACUGCACCGCUUGAAGAUCCUGAUUCUCGCAAAGACUCUCGGGAGUGACGCAGGCGCGGCCUCACCUUUACGCCGGGGACAGAGAGACUACAAGCUGUAUGUGGAGACGGCACUGUAGGGGAACACUGGGCCGUUUUCAGUCCUAACGUCAAAUAGACUGCAGUUAUCGCCUACUCCGCUAAAGUCGCGACAAGCAGAACGUCAGAAGAUCUGUGUCGUGAAUAAACUUUAAAUCGAGCUGUUAUAUGUAACAUGCCACGUCUUUAUCAAUUCUAUCAAUUGCUGCAUGCCAUGGGCAUAAAAUGUACCAAAACAAUUUAAACCCGUCUUGGCUUUUCGCUCUAAGAAAGUCUUGGUCAGCCCCUUUUUAACGCUAUGAAUGUAAUAGCCAUAACGCUUGCUCAAAUGUAGGCAGGCUGUAUUGUCAUGGUUAAUUGCCACGUAACUUUGGAAUGUAUUAUGGCAGUGUAGUUUUGCAGCUAAUUUUUGCACAGAUUUUAGACAAGCUAGUGGUAUUAUAAGCAUGAGUAAAGUAUGAAUGGC